UUGUUGUCUAUGGUCAAUGACACCAAUGAAAUUUGUCAACUCAUCUCAGUACAGAAAAUUGUGAAGAAAAUCUACAAAAGAAUACAGAAAUUCAACUUGAUAAUAGUGUUUAGUGGCAAAACCUCAAAAUGAAUAUCACAUCGGCGGCGGGGAUCAUCUCCCUGCUCGACGAGCCCAUGCCUGAAGUGAAGGAAUUCGCACUGAAGAGGUUGGACAACAUCGUCGAUGAGUUUUGGCCUGAAAUAUCUGAAUCUAUCGAGAAGAUCGAGAUUCUCCAUGAAGACAAAGUGUUUUCGCAGCAUCAACUCGCCGCUUUGGUGGCCAGCAAGGUGUACUACCACCUGGGAGCGUUUGAGGAUUCCUUGACCUACGCACUGGGGGCUGGUGACCUGUUCGAUGUGAACGCUCGUAACGAGUAUGUGGACACAACGAUCGCGAAGGCCAUCGACUUCUAUACGAUGAAGAGGAAGGCUCUGUUCAUCGACAGCUCUGCGGAGCCUAUUGACCCUCGUCUGGAGGCUAUAGUGAACCGGAUGUUCCAGCGGUGUCUGGACGACGGCCAGUACCGUCAGGCGCUGGGGCUGGCGCUCGAGACGCGCCGCAUGGACAUCUUCGAGGCAUCCAUCAUGAAGUCAGAUGAUAUACCUGGUAUGCUGAUAUACUCCUUCACGGUUGCCAUGAGCCUGCUCCAGAACAGAGGUUUUCGAAGCACAGUCCUGCGGUCGCUGGUCGGCCUAUACAGAGGCCUCAACAUCCCUGACUAUGUCAACAUGUGUCAAUGUCUUAUCUUCCUUGAAGACCCUCUGUCAGUAGCAGAAAUCUUGGACAAACUAAUCAGUGGCCCUCGGGAAUCAGUACUUAUGGCUUACCAAAUUGGUUUCGACUUGUAUGACUCAGCCACACAACAGUUCCUCGGCAGGGUAUUACAAGCAUUGAGAAGCACAGCCCCCAUCCCCAGUGCCCUCGGAGGCAAGCCGGAGCCCCAGGGAGGACCCUUCCCGGAGGCCAGCAUGGAGGUUGACACACCUGCAGAGGAAUCCAAAAAACCAGAGAGAGAUAUAGAAAGCCUGAAUGAUGAGGAGAAAGAACACCAAAAGAGGGUAGAGAAAUUAAUAUCAAUAUUGGGUGGAGAUGUCUCAAUAGGCUUACAACUACAGUUCUUAAUUAGGUCAAACCAUGCUGAUAUGCUUAUACUCAAGAACACAAAAGAUGCAAUCAGAGUUUCAAUCUGCCACACAGCUACAGUUAUAGCCAAUGCCUUCAUGCAUGCCGGCACCACCAGCGACCAGUUCCUGAGAGAUAACCUGGAGUGGCUGGCGAGAGCCACCAACUGGGCUAAACUUACUGUCACAGCUUCUCUCGGAGUCAUCCACAGAGGUCAUGAGGGGGAGUCGCUGGCGCUCAUGCAGUCCUACUUGCCUAAAGAAGCUGGUCCUUCAUCAGGCUACUCCGAAGGCGGUGGCCUCUACGCCCUCGGCUUGAUCCACGCCAACCACGGCGCCAACAUCAUUGACUAUCUUUUAACUCAACUAAAAGAUGCGCAGAAUGAGAUGGUUCGUCAUGGAGGUUGCCUUGGCUUGGGUCUGGCGGCCAUGGGCACACACAGACAAGAUGUGUACGAGCAGCUAAAGUUCAACCUGUACCAAGACGACGCGGUGACGGGUGAAGCAGCAGGUAUCGCCAUGGGCAUGGUGAUGCUGGGCUCGCGCAACGCGGCCGCCAUCGAGGACAUGGUGGCGUACGCGCAGGAGACGCAGCACGAGAAGAUCCUGCGCGGGCUGGCGGUGGGCGUGGCCUGCACCAUGUACGGGCGGCUGGAGGAGGCGGACGCGCUGGUGGCGCAGCUGCUGCGCGACAAGGACCCGCUGCUGCGGCGCGCCGGCUGCUACACGCUGGCGCUGGCCUACUGCGGCACCGGCAACAACGACUCCAUCCGCACGCUGCUGCACGUGGCCGUCAGCGACGUGAACGACGACGUGCGCCGCGCCGCCGUCACCGCGCUCGGCUUCCUGCUGUUCCGCACGCCCGAGCAGUGCCCCAGCGUGGUGUCGCUGCUGGCGGAGUCCUACAACCCGCACGUGCGCUACGGCGCCGCCAUGGCGCUCGGCAUCGCGUGCGCCGGCACCGGCAACCGCGAGGCCAUCGGCCUGCUCGAGCCGAUGGUCAAGUUCGACCCCGUCAACUUCGUCCGCCAGGGCGCGCUCAUCGCGUCCGCCAUGAUCCUCAUCCAGCAGACAGAAGCUCUCUGUCCCAAGGUGACGUACUUCCGGCAGCUGUACGCGCAGGUCAUCAGCAACAAGCACGAGGACGUGAUGGCCAAGUUCGGCGCCAUCCUGGCUCAAGGCAUCAUCGACGCGGGCGGCCGCAACGUGACGGUGUCGCUGCAGAACCGCACCGGCCACAUGAACAUGGUGGCGGUGGUGGGCAUGCUGGUGUUCACGCAGUACUGGUACUGGUUCCCGCUGGCGCACUGCCUGUCGCUGGCCUUCACGCCGACGUGUGUCAUCGCGCUCAACUCGGACUUGAAAAUGCCGCUGUUGGAGAUGAAGUCCAACUCGCGGCCGUCUCUGUUCGCCUACCCCGCGCCGCUCGAGGAGAAGAAGCGCGAGGAAAGAGAGCGCGUCACCACCGCCGUGCUCAGCAUCGCCGCGGCUAAGGCGAGACGGACGCGCCACGCCGACGGCGCCGCCAGCCUCUCCGCCUCCACCACCUCCAAAAUGGACGUCGAUGAGGAAGACAAGAAGCCCUCAAAGUCGCCCAACCCCAGCAUCACUGUGCACGCCAAGUCUGAUAAAGACAAGGAAGCGAGCUCGUCUAAAGACUCUAAAGACGUGAAGAAAGAGGAGAAAGAAGGCGAAGAUAAAGAAACUAAGGAGAAGAAAGAGCCAGAGCCGACCUUCGAGAUCCUGAGCAACCCGGCGCGCGUGAUGCGCCAGCAGCUCAAGAACCUGUCCAUAGUGGAAUCAGGCUACACGCCUCUCAAGGACAUCACUAUCGGAGGCAUCGUGAUGCUGAACCACAGCGACGACGCGGAGCAAGCUCUAGUCGAACCCGUGGCCGCUUUCGGACCCAAAACCGAGGAAGAGAAGGAGCCCGAACCCCCAGAACCCUUCGAGUUCCUCGACGAUUGAUGCAACUACUCCAUUUAAGCGUAGUUAGGGCUCACUCAUUGAAUCAUUUAGAAUGUAUUGAACCAGUAUCGUCAUUAUUGCAAUAGAAUAUGGAGAGCAUUACUAACAGGAAAUUGUAAUGUGUUACUUUUAACGAAAUAAAAUUUAAUUACGUA